UCCCAAAUUAACAUUUAGGGGAAGUCAGUCGUAUUUUCAAACUGAAAUCAGUAAAAUUCAUUUACUUAGAUUUUUCUAAGGUAGUUCAGACAAAGUGAUUUUGACUCUUUUGUAUAUAACUUAGAUACUGUAUCUUCUGCGAAUAUUAUAUGGCGGCGCGAAUUCUAGCUUAGUCACGUGACUCACACUUCUCCCUUAACGCAAGACGCAGGACUUUGUACAUACACAUUGUACAUACUGUAAAUCAUGAGCACACUGGUGGGCACUCAACGUGCCAAUAGGACUAACAAGGACAAGAAUGCCAAAUCCACAUCUGUGCUGGGGAGCCAGACGCCUUCAGCCACAUAUAAGACAGAUAAACAGCCUGCCAAGAUCCAGGUUUUUGAGGAUCAGUUGCGCAUAGCCCAGAUCCUUGACAAUGGCAGGGACACUACUAACAUGGCUACUGUCAAACAGUUAUCAGAGAUGACAGGGCGAUCAGAAGAGGAUGUUGUAGUUGCACUUCAUGAUGCUAAAGAUGACCCUCACCGAGCUGUUGAGAUUCUUCUUGAAGGGGAAGGGGAACAGGGUGAGUGGGUUGAGCAAGGGAAAAAAAAGAAACGAUCUAACACCCUAAAGAGUGAUAAAGAGACCCACAGCAACCACCAGGAUGCUGACAGGAUUGAUGAAAGACCAGAUCGUUUGCACGAACGCCCUGAGCAUGACAGAUUUGAAGCUCCCUCACGACGUGGGAGAGAUCGCCGCAGUGGAGGCCCCAUUCCACGUUUAGUCCGAAUAAGAGGUCGUGGUACAAACAAUUUCAGUGGUAAUCGUGAUCGCGAAGGUGGUCGCAUUAAUCGUGACAACCGCGAUCGCAGCAGUUACAGUGGUGAGCGAGAGUCACAAGAGAAGGAAGCAGAUUGGGAUACAGAUACAACAGAAUUAAGAGAAAAACGGGGCGACAACGAACGAAGCGCUGGCAGAGAAAGAGGUCGCGGGCGUGGAAGAGGAAUGGGUGGUGGGUUUGGCAGACGAGGAGGAAGAGGCAGCAGGCAGCAGAGAUUUGAACGGCAGAAUGAGUCAGGGGAUGUCUCCUUUGGCACUUGGACAAAUGAAACAGCUGAAAGUGCAGAAAAGGAAAACAGCAAUUGGGGUGGUGAGUCAUUUGAUGAGACAUGGAAAGAAGAUUGGAAUGAAGACACAUGGACAGGAACUCUAGAAGAGUCAAAGGUAUUUACUCCAUCUCAGACAAAAUCGCAGAUGGAAUCGGAUCUAACUUCAGCUUUAAGUGAUUCAACAAAUACAAUAGGACAGAGUGUAUCUGUGAUGCCUCCUGUAUGGCACAGGCUUGAUGUUGGGAGUUUAUUCUCCAAGUCAGCUGAGUUUGCUAAGGCUCCAGACUUUACUAAAAGCAGCGAGUCAGGUGGAGAUUCCUUCAUUUCUCAGUACAAUCAGCAAGCAACAGAGUCCAUCAAAAACUCAAUUGGGAUUGGGUCAUCUUCACGCCAGAACCUGCCAAACCUCUCAACUGUUACGCAUUCUCAGCCUCAGCAUCCAUCACAGCCUCUUAGCCCACUUCCCUUACCACAGCGAGAGAUAGGUCAGUCUGUGCGGGGCUCUCUUCCAUCUCCAAUCCCUUCUUCAAUACUACCUUCGACUUCAUCCUCUCUUGGGCAGCAGGCACAGCAACAGCAGCAGCAGAGGCAGCGGUCUCAGAGGUCGAAGCUUCCUCCACCGUCCAAGAUUCCAUCCUCAGCAGUUGAGAUGCCUGGUCAUAUGAUGCCUCAGCUAGACGUACAGUUUGGAGUAGAUUUUGGCACAGACUCGCGGGAGUUUGGCUUUGGAACUGGUGGUGGGGGAGGAGAUAAUACAACAGUAACUACCUCCUUCUCCAGUGCUACAACUGCCAACAGUGUUGGCAUUGUAAACCACCUAAGCCAGGUCUCAAAACCCUCAGCAGAUGACACUCUUCAGACCUCUGUGAUGUCCUCAUCUGCUGGUUCAAAAUCUCAGCAAGCAUCUAUCCAAGUUAUAGAUGUCUCACCAUCACGACCAGCAGUUUACCCUAACUCUGUGUAUACCACACCUACUAAGUCAGACUCACAGUCUCUUGUACAGUCUGCCAACAAGGUUUCGGGAGAUGCAGUUGCAUUUCCAUCGCCGUCCCCAGACCACAAGUCAAGUGGUUUGAUCAGCUCACAACGAACAACGCAAAGUCCCUCAACCUUAGCACAAGCCACCAAUGGUUUUUCUGCUGGUACCUAUUCAUCUCAUGCUGGGCACAAAUCUACAGGCCUUACUACAGUAUCCUCUGCCUCCCAGACUUUUCCACACACUGCUGCACCAACACAAUCAACAGCCACCACGUACCAAAACCAAUAUGCUAGCCAGAACCAGUUCACUAGUUCCCAGGGACCGCAUGGUGCACACAGUCAGUUUUCAUCAGCUGGACAGUCCCAAUUCCCUAGCAGUCAGUCACAAUAUCCGUCUGCGGUUUCCGCUGGCUCAUCCUCUGCUCAGAACCAAUACAUGGCCGCACAGGCUCCAUUCCAGAGCAGCCAGGGCCAGUUUGCUGCAGUACAGUCUGGCCAGAACCAGUUCCAGGGUGCUGGUAGCCAGUAUGGCACUUACCAAUCUUCGUCCUCUUCAUUCCAAUCUCAAACAGGCAUAUCAUCAUCAAGUGCUACCCCAUCAGUCCAAAGUUCCUUGUAUCAGACUUCAAAUCAACAAUCUGGAAGCUCCUACCCAAGUACUUCUGGUUCGUUCCACGUGAGGGAUUCUCAGUCAUCAUCGAGCUUGCAGCCGUCUUCAGGUAGUCAGUCUGCCAGUGGGUAUCAGCCACAGCCAGCAGCCGUUGCUCCAGGUUUGAAGGCACCCAGCACCCAGACUAACAGCAGCUACAGCUCCCAGACAUACAGCACCACCCAGCACCCACAGAAUUUGCAGACCUCUCCUCUUAGCAAUAAGCUGGGGGAUAGCCUGUCCAAGAUGUCCUUGAAGGAUUCAGCGCUAGACACGAGACCAGCAACCCAUUAUGAUCAUGGGAGCACCGCAACAACAACAGCUAGCAUGACUUCAUCAAUCAGCACGUCAUCCAUAUCAGCAGUGACGUCAACUGUAUCAGCCAUGACCACACCUGUGGCGACAAGUUCCACGCUGAAUUCAAGAGUUUCAUCAACUCUUCCCGUCACCAGUGAGUCUAAAGCUCCCCCAAAUCCUCCACCUGGUGUUCCAUUGAUCAACCCUCAGCCCUACAUUAUGGGCCAGGGCAUUCCGCCUUACUAUCCUUUUUAUGGGUUUGAAGAGAUGCAGAUGCUGCAACAAAGAUUGCCUCUGCAGACAGGCAGUUACUAUGAUAUGAGUGCUUUCCCCCCUGUUCCCUCUACAAUAGCUGGUAGAGACCAGGCAGCUCUUGGCAGCACACCAUUCACAGGGGCUGGCUCUGACAACAAGCAGAUGAACCGUGUGGAUGCUCAGUCACCCAACUCAUCAUCUCAGCAGCAGUCUAGUCACAGUGCCCCUCAGCAAACAUUGCCUUUCAACAUUCAUUAUGGCUAUUACCUCCCAGGUGCUGCUGUUCUGCCUGGGGCUGCAGGCUUCCAGUUCCCUCCCAUGUACCCAAUGCCGCCAGUGACCAACGCCCCAGCUCCACAUGUUCCUGGGACCCCUGCGGCUAAUCAGCUGCCAAAAACAUAUGGGACACAUCAGGCGUAUGCUUCUAAAGGCUAUGAGGAGAUAAGUGGCACACAGGACCUGCCCAAACCGUCCUAUGGCGGAGUGCAGCAGCAGGCCAAGGUGGCUGGUGGUUCACGUAUGUCCACUCGGACAGGGAGCACUGCUGACAUGAAUGCAGGGGGCUAUACCAAAUCUCACACUCAGGGAUUCGACAAGCAAGGAUUUCCUGGAGGCACACCCCCACCGUUUGGUUUGCCACUGACUUCCGCCACCCAGGCAGGUCCUCUUGGUGCUCCUGCUGCACCAUAUGGAACCCCAUUUUUGCCAAUGAUGCCACCGCAGCCACACAACCAAGCUAUCCUGCAUCACCAGUUGCAACAGGACUCAGGUGCAAGCUCUGGCCGUGGCUUGCAGCAGCCAGCAAACCAAGGAAAGAGUGGUGGAACCAAGUCCUAUAAUACCUACUGGACCAACUGAGCUGUAUGCUCGCCUAAUCCACUGAAGCCUUCGCCAGUCUGCAGUUGUGCAGAGCUUGGCUGACAGUGGUUGGGAGUAGCUCUGGCCCAGCACAAAUGUUGUGGAUUGGUAUCACACCUGACUACACAAGCUAAAGAAGUCACGUGAAGAAUCUGUUGUACUUGUUAGUCCUCAGAGUACCACAGAAUAAUGUGUAUGUAUCAAAGUCCUAUUUGCGUUGGCUUUUUUUUUUUUUAAUUAAAAAAAAAAACAAGUUCCAUUACUCCACCUGUCUACAUCCUACUUCUUCCUUACACCAUCUGUCUUCAUCAUGUUAAUUGCUGUGUAUGCUAAUUGGCCACAUCAAGUUGCCCAUAACUUUGAAAGAGUUCUUCAGUAAACCCAGCUUUAUCUGCUGGGCCUUUUGUAUAAAGAUUUCUCCCUUUAACAAUGUUUGUGACGUUGGACAUUCAUUACAAUUUAUUUCUGUGUAUAGAUUUUGGUCUAUGUAAACUGCUUGUCCUUCAGUUUAAUCUUAGGAACCUUUCCCACACAAAGUCAUCUGGACAGCGGAGGUUCCAUGAUUCUGCUUUGUACAGAUUUGCACAUUUAUUAUUACAGGGCAACUCCAUUUGUAGGUGGCCCAGUGUGUUUGUUUUGGCCCCCAGAGAAAGUUUGUAGAUAUUGUGAGAUAUGGUGCCUUACUGUUGUCACUUGUGUGGUCGCCAUUUAUCAAGCUGGCCUGACGAGUGAUGCUCGUGUUUGCUGCCAUUUUCUGGCAGCUGCGAAUUUUCAUGGACUAUUACUGUCACUAGGUUAUUUCUGGAACAAUGGAAAGCCCCUUCAUUUGCAUGCACACUUCUCAGAUGACUGUGAUUGUGAAAACGAAGAAGUACAGUGAGUAAUCUGAAAUAUUUGCGACAAUCAUCCUCUGUCAGGCCAGCUCUGCCCUCACACCCAUAUUUCAGUGCAAGUACACAUGGUUGGCAUCCAACAAAGAAAAUGAUUCCCUUGAAGAAAACCAAGAAAAAAAUGAUUCCGAGCAUUAGAAGAAUGCUCUGGCAAGCUUUGUUUUUCCUGAUCAAGCAUUCUCAGUAUGAGCGAGUGUGCCAUCUGCAUUUCCCUCUCCUCCUCCUUCCUCCCCCACCCUCUUCGUUCUAGUGCGUCCGUGUUCGUAUGACUUUUAUUAGCAUUGGUACAUACAUGGUCUCAGUGCAUUGUAAUCUUUCUUGUGUUGAAAGACGUUGGCUUUUUUAAGAACAGAGAAAUUAAUGUACAAACAAUAUUAAACAUUUUGCUUGUCACAAUGAA